CACUCGGCCUGCCCAUUCAGGAUGCGAGGCGCCUGGCAUGCCGGGUCCAUUGUGUUCAAAACGAGAGGCGCGUUGCUCCUCGUCCCUUCAGUUUCUUUCUUUCGGGCAGUUGAGAGAGCGGUGCAAUGCAGAGGGUGUCACGACUGAAGAGGGAGUUGCAUCUGUUAACUACGGAGCCACCACCAGGUAUUACCUGCUGGCAGAAUGGAAGUCGCAUAGAUGAACUUAAAGCCCAAAUACUGGGUUCUGCAAAUACACCAUAUGAGAAAGGAAUUUUUAACUUGGAAGUAGUUGUGCCUGAAAGGUAUCCAUUUGAACCCCCCAAAAUGCGCUUUCUGACUCCUAUCUACCAUCCUAACAUUGACUCAGCAGGAAGAAUCUGCCUCGAUGUUCUUAGAUUGCCACCAAAGGGCGCAUGGAGGCCAUCCCUGAAUAUUGCCACUUUGCUGACAUCGAUACAGAUGCUGAUGAAUGAACCAAACCCUGAUGAUCCUCUCAUGGCAGACAUAUCCUCUGAGUAUAAAUACAACAAGCAAGAAUUCCUCAGAAAUGCCAGACAAUGGACAGAAAAGUAUGCAAGCCAGACAACAAUGGCUUUGGAAACUUCAGGUAAAGAGAACCACCAAAGGGAAGCCAACCAACCCAAAGAUUCUAACAUUUCCCAGAAAAGGAAAGGAAGCAAUAUCAGUGAAUCAUCAAAAAAAGUUUGUUCAGGAACAUAGAGGGUUUGCUGCUGUACAAUAUCCUAGUCUGUUUGUUUUUAGUGUUACUUUCCAUCUCUUAAAUAGGCUUGAUGUAAUUAAUGUACUGUUUACACAUUCUGUAAUGCCUCUCCAGCUGUCAGUGAUCAUAUUAUUGUAUCCAAUGCAGUGAUGUCUGUUUUUUUUAAAAAAACAUCUUGUUUCACUUCUCUAAAACUUCUACAUUUUCAGUUUUUUUCACUUUAUUUUGUGCUACAUUUUGUAUCUGCUGUGUGUAGCUUAUUUAAUUUUUGAAAGCAGGUAUAAAGAUGAGCAUAAUAAACAAUAUAUUUGGCACCACUCUAAUUUAGGG